AUGAGCCGGCACUUCAACGGCUGCUGGACUUGCCGGGUGAGGCGCAAGAAAUGCGACGAAAACCACCCCGUGUGCUCCACGUGCGCUGGUCUCGGCAUCACAUGUCACUACGAGGAGGAGAAGCCAGAAUGGAUGGAUGGCGGCGCCAAGCAACAAGACAUGGUCAAGCAACUCAAGCGUGACAUCAGGGAAAAUGCUCUCUAUCGCCUCCCACUCGGGGAGCGCACCUUCUAUGCAUCUGUACCUGAUUCUGCCGACGCCCUGCCACGCCCAGGGCCCGAGUCGUUCAGCGACCCACAGCUGGUCUCGCGGGCCGCCGAGAGCCCAGUCGUAUGGCCGCUGCGCGAAUCUGAAUCUGGCAGCUUGGUCGACCGAAGGGGAGGCGAUGGCGAAUCCUCCGGAUGGCCCGACGCAUGUCUCUUGAUGUUCUACAUGGAAAACCUCCUGCCUUUUCUGUUCCCAUUCUACCGACCCUCUCCUCUCCAAGGCGGCAGGUCUUGGAUUCUGGACAUGUUGAUGUCCAGCCCCGUCGUUCGCCAGACAGCAUUGUGCCAGAGCGCCCAUUUCUUCUCUCUCUCGUUGGGAACGACAGCUUGCGACGGCGCUUGGGCCAAGGUGCUCGCUCAGACGAGAGCGGCCUUCGACAUGCUGCGGAGAUCGCUCCAAGACAUUGAUGGGCAACGAGGCAUUGCCGGACACGAACGCGAAGCCGUACGCAUCCUAGCAAGCAUCAUGCAGUUGCAGCGAUUCGACAUCGCCAUGUCGAGCUUUGAGAAUUGCCAUGCACACCUCACUGCCGCAUGCGCUCUUCUUAAGCUGAUCCUCGAGAGUGCCCUGCCCGGCGAUGCUGCCCUGCCCGGCGAUGCUGCCCUGCCCGGCGAUGCUGCCCUGCCAGGCGAUGCUGCCCUGCCCGGCGAUGCUGCCCUGCCAGGCGAUGCUGCCCUGCCCGGCGAUGCUGCCCACCUCGGGUCAAACUUGAUCAACAUCAUGAGUCGUUUGGGCCCACCAUCUUGGGUCCUGCCAUCUCAAUGCACCGUUCAAGUUCUGAGCGCUGAAGAGACGGCUUUGCGUUUCUCUUCUGCGCUUGUGAUAUUUGACGACAUAAUCGCCAGCACGGCACUUCAGAAGCGGCCUGCACUUCACGAGUACCACCGCGGCCUGCUGACUAGCCCUCCUUCCGUCCCAGCGCCGAUCGACAUGGAGGCGGUCGUUGGAUGCCAAAACUGGGUCCUGCUGCAGAUUGGCGAGAUCGCAGCCCUCGACGCGUGGAAGCAGCAAUGCAAGAUGGAGGGAAACCUCGACGUCAUGGAGCUAGUUCGCCGCGCGACAGCCAUCAAGGAAACACUCGUAACUCGGCUUGCACAUCUUCAAUUAGCAAAUCCCGUCUCCAAACCUAGCGGCGUGCUUGAUUUGUUAGCUCCGCACGGUCAGCCAUCCUCGGACCGUGCCGGCCAACACUGUCUGGUCACGCACGUAUGGGCUCACGCGGCGGUAAUCUACCUGUCCGUCGUGGUAUCUGGGUGGCAGCCAGCCAGUACCGAUGUGCGACAUCACGUUGGACAAGUCAUCAGUCUUUUGACGUAUCGCCUGUCACCACCAAGCCUGCUACGUACCAUGGCAUGGCCAUUCUGGGUAGCGGGUUGUCUUGCGGAGCCGGCCCAACAAGGUUAUCUGCGUGAGAUGGUGGAGACAUUGCAGCCUCCGAACCUCUUUGGUACUCUUCGCAAGGCGCUCGAGAUUAUGCAAGACGUUUGGCGUGAUGGCCACGUCGGAGGAGACAGCUCGACGCGCGACCUGGCUUCGUGUUUACGGAACCAGGGUGGCUUGUUGGUGUUGCUCGUUUAG